GCAUUUUUUGAAGAUGCCAUUCGCAAGCGUGAUUUCUUGGAGAGGUUUUUUGGAGCAAAAAUGGGAGAAAAAGAUGCAUGGCAGAACAAAUUCAUUCCAUGGUUACAGCGAAUGAAUCUUGUUGAUGGGGCAGCUUUACCCGAUAUUAGAAGACUAGUGAAAGACGUGGCUGAUGCUUGUUCUAACCCUACCAAACAAUACUGUUUUGAGAAGGAUGGAGGUCUCUCGAACAUACAGCUUAACAAGAGAUCACGUCUUCGCAGUGUGAACAUACUGCAAGAGUUGAAUGCCAAGCGCAAGAAUCCUCAUUACAAGUCGAUUUCAUUGCGCUCUAUGUUGUAUGACAAGUACGACCCAUAUGUGUUUGUUCGACGUGCCCACCAUGCAGAUCUGGAUGUCACAGAGGAAGACAUGUCUACAGCACUGUCUUACGGUCAGAGCAGGGCUACCGAGCCUUUGGAAGAUGAGAAGAUGUUCGCGGACAAGCUUGUAGAGCCUUCAGAUGACGGGAUGUUUGUGGAAGGAUACACAUACUGUCAGUCACCUUUGACUGGAAGUAGCUUUCCAAGCAGUACAUCGAGUUCUGCGUCGUCGUUGGUUCCAGUAGUUGUAAGUCCAUAG